AUGCGACCAAUUGAGAAAUCUGCAAAAUCUGGCGCAUCAAGACGAGAGGCAUCCAAAUCUGAGGAUUUGUCUGCUGGUACGAAGAAACCUCAGUCCGAAAGGCUACCAACAUGCAAACGGGUUACAUACACAACCAAGUACAAUGAUUGGUACAUGCUCGAAGGAGAACCUGGUUUCAGCAUUUGCCCGCGCUGCUUCAAGUAUGCUUUCGACAGGACCCAGCUAGGAACGGCCUUCAAGCUCUUACCUAGCAACGCGCCAACCAGGCCUAGAAAAUGCGAGUUUAGCAAUGCUUGGAUUCGCCUUGCAUGGAUUCUGACUGCAAACAACCGACAAAAUACCCUGAACAUGAUGAUGACAGUCUUCAAUGUCGAAGAGACUGAAGAACCCUGUCCGGGGACCGGGCGAGGAUGGUGCAGUUGGUACUCAAUUCGCGACCGGGAUGGCCAUUUCCUACGAGACUUUAUCGUGUGUCCAUCAGACGUCAAAAGAGUUGAAACACUCUUCCCAGGGUUCAGAGGUCUGCUUGUACCACUUCCGAGCAAGUACUCUGACGACAAGGACGAAGAAAUCAUGGGGCGCUACUGCUCUUUGCGACCAGAACACAACAAUCGGUAUGCGGCCUAUAUCGAUUGCUUGUUCCAGCUCCACGAAGACGCAGUGUCUGGUCAGCGGAUGCCUAACACAUCAGAGUUUGUAUCACUUGUCCGACACAAGACCAGACUCCCCGAGUGCAUCCGUGAUGACAAGCUCGAGGGUCAUGAUUGGUACUACGUCCCCUCACUGGCACCUGCUUUGACCGUAUGCGAUGAGUGCUACCAUGAUGUGGUGUUCCCGUGGUUGAGGUCGAAUUCCGACGUAGCUGUGAGGUUCAAUCGAAAAAAAGAGCUUGUUCGCAAUGAAGGCAGAGACGGAGUGUCAUGCCAGCUCUACUCACGACGCAUGAGGGAUGCAUUUCGGUAUGCGGUCGACACGAACGACAUGAGAUAUCUCGCAAGGAAAGCAAGAGACAGGAAGGAUGUAGAAGACGAUUUCCAGCGUAGAUGCAGAGAGUUGCAAAAGGAUGCCGAGCAGCUCAAAGGUCGUAGCGGGUAUGCGAUUAGCUCUCGAGCAGAGCAAGAGUUGGCACAACUGCAGCGUGAGAUUGAAGCCAUUGGAGAGACAUGGGAGAUGGAAUACGAGUGA